AUGGCUCAGAAGUCUCUGCUAUCGCGCCCUCUGGACCUAGUCUACUUCUCAUUCUUCCUCAUGCACACUUUAGCAACGAUCAUCAUGGAUCUUCAGGCUAUCUAUCCGGCGCAUCUAAUUCCGGCGUUCAUGAAAGAGAUAACAAAUUACUAUUUGUCUACUUAUAAUGACCCUUUGAUCGGCGGGGUGAUGGGCUAUUUUGGAAAGACCGACAAGUUUAUCUGGUUCGAGACGUUUGUGUGGAUGGAAGCAUUCUUCCAGCUUCCAAUCUUCCUGUUGGGCAUGCGUGGACUUUGGAAAGGUUCCCAAUCCAUCUAUGUUCUCCUGCUCAUCUAUGCUGCAUCGUCGGUCACAACCACGAUGCCCUGCCUGGCAGUCAUUCUCAGUACACCCAUCACCUCUGCAGAGACGCUCGCUGCCAAGGUCGUAUCCGUCACCGCAGAGCAGAGAGCCAAUCUCCUCAUGAGCUAUGUCCCGUUCUUGAUCGUACCUCUCCUGAUGGCGAUCGACAUGGGCUUCCGUGUCUUGAAGCUCAUUAGGAUCGGUGUGGCCGCGGAGGUUGCAGCCAAGAAGAAGUAA